ACGCAGCACAUACCGCAGACAGUGGCGCAGGCGCUCGGAAGCAGCACAGCCGGGGCGCACAGCGGAUCCAGAGCAGGUAGCAAGAAACUAUCAAAAGUCGAAACUUUGAGGAUGGCGGUGGAGUACAUCAGGAGUCUUCAACGCCUUCUGGAGGAGCACGACGGCGGCUCCGAGUCCAGUGGAUCCUCACCCAUUUCUUCGACGUCCUCCAAUUCGCCCGCGUGUGGUUCCGAGAACGGGAUCGGCUCCGAUUCCAACCUUCAUUCGGCAGAAAUGAGACUACGAGGUAGCAUCAGCGGAGAGAUCCGUCAUCAUGGCAGUCCACACAGAACUGACAUGCACCGGCAUCAACAUCUCAGGCAGAAUUCGAGCCCGACUUUCGUUCCAACGCCGUGCUCGGACGCGUCGAGUUCACCAACGCCAAGCUUCGUCUCGGAGACCUCGUCGGCCGGCAGUCAAGGUUACGGCACGUCAG